CCUAAUGAUCUAAUGGCUUUCAAACUGGUUUUUCCCCACUAGCACUGUGUGGGGAGGUGCAGCCUCCCUGCCAGCUCCGCACCAGCCCUGCUGCCACACGCAGGCUUUAUGUGGUUCUGUUGUUCUUGGCACUGGCAGGGUUUUUCCUCCUCUUCCGGGCACAGCACGAUGUGACCUUAGCCAUUGCCAGCAAGGGGACUCCAUAUGAUGAAAGCAGGUGAAAGGGAAAAUAAGGGAGGGAAUUAGGCAAGGCCGAUUCAUUCCUCCGAGGAGGUGUGGUCCUGCCCUGUACCUGCCUGUGGUCACGGGCUUGUGAAAUAUAAAAGGGGAAGGCAGUUGUUUCUGAAGCAAUCCGUUGCCAGGAUCCCGUGGCGAGAAUGAAGGGAGGUGCUAGGAGAAAUGCAGAGCAAGAGGUCUAAGGAGCCAGCCGCAAAGCAGGCUGGCUUGGGAGGAGAAAGAAGCCGUCAUGUCCCAAGGAGGAGCAGGGGAACGCAAAGCUGCCAAGCCCCAGGACCAGGGCUGGGCAUGGAUGGUGCUGCUGGCUGCGGUGGUGCUGCAGGGGAUGACGCUGGGCUUCCCCCCCUGCAUUGGCAUCUUCUUCACGGACCUGCAGCGAGACUUCCAGGCCAGCAACAGUGAGACAUCGUGGUUCCCCUCCAUCAUGGUGGCCGUGCUGCAUGGAGGCGGGCCCCUCUGCAGCAUCCUGGUGAAGCGCUUUGGCUGCAGGUUUGCAGUGAUGCUGGGGGGCCUGCUCAGCGGCGUGGGCAUGGUGGCCAGCUCCUUCUGCAGGUCCAUCAGCCAGCUGUACAUCACUGCUGGCUUCAUCACGGGCCUGGGGUCGUGUUUCAGCUUCCAGGCAGGAGUGACUGCACUGGGAUACUACUUUGUACGGUGGCGAACACUGGCCAAUGCCAUGGCAUCCACUGGCGUCUCUCUGGGUUUCACGCUGUGGCCACUGCUUUCUCAAUACCUGCUGGAUGAGAUGGGCUGGAGAAACACUUUCCUUAUCUUUGGAGGAAUACUAUUGAACUGCUGUGUCUGUGGAGCCAUCAUGAGACCAGUUCAGCCCGCCUCAGGGUCACUACUCCAGUCACCCCAGCCUGGAGAGGAGCCGAGGAGAAGAGCAGAAGAGACACAGCUGUCCAAUGGAGCAUCUUCUCCCCACCACGAGCUCCAGAAGCAAAGCAGGAGGACUGCAUGCUUCCACGUGCUGCAGAAGUACCUGGCUUUUGACAUCUUCUGUCAAAACAAAGGUUACCAGAUUUACACUAUUGGCGUGACCUGGAUGAUGAUGGGGUUCGCGUUACCGCACAUCUACCUUGUGCCUUACGCCAUCCGGAAUGGGGUGGAGGAGCGCAGGGCAGCCCUCCUCAUCUCUGUCAUUGGGUUCAUCAACAUCUUCAUACGGCCCUUCACGGGGCUGCUCUCGGGACACAAACUCUUCUCAGGGAGACGAAUCUACCUGUUCAGCCUGGCCGUGCUCCUCUGCGGGCUGAGCAACUUCAUCUGCGUGGUCUCGGCUGAGUUCAGCGUGCUCAUCAUCUACUGCGUCAUCCUCAGCAUCGCCAUGAGCGGCAUCGGGGCACUCACCUUCCAGGUGCUGAUGGACGUGGUGGAGAUGGACCGGUUCUCGAGCGCUCUGGGGCUCUUCACCAUCCUGGAGAGCAUCACGCUCCUCAUCGGACCCCCUCUCACAGGUCUCCUGGUAGACGUAACUAAUGACUUCCACUACGUCUUCUACAACUCCAGCUUCUUCCUCAUCUCAGCAGCGUUGUUCAUGGCUCUCACCUUCUGUGCUCUGGAAAAGAAAACCAAAUUGAAAGAGGCUUCCAAAGUACCCGUGGAUAAUCCUUCCAGCUAUCAGUACAGUGAAAUGCCAACUGAAUCACAGCCUGGGAAUCAGCCCCCUCCAGCAGUCGUGUACAUCACAAGCAUAUGAAGAGCAAGAGGACAAAUAGAGAGGAACACAAAGAAUUAUGUGGCCUGUACAAAGCUCCACACGGCCCAGCACUGAUGGCAGAUGAGAAAACAAGUGGCUGCUUUCCACAACUGCCGUCAUCCUUCUCUAUGGGGCCGUGUCAGACUCCAAGUGAGUGCUCUGGACCAUGGGCUGAGCCCAGAACCCAGCGCCAGCCAAAGAGAUGAAGGACAAAGAGAACUGUGCUUCCCCAAAGCAAACCCUGGGAUAACAGCCAUGGUAACCAGCUCCGAGACACAAAAGCCGUGUCAGUUCAAUUGGUGUAAGUCAGUGCCUUUAAGUCACUGGAAUCUCACAUGCACAUUCCAGUGGGUAACACUGGAUAAUACGCAUUGAUGGCUAUGCACAACGGUCAUUCUUCCACAAAGAA